CUGUGAAAAUACAAGUGUCAACCCAGCGAUUGCGAGAGACGGACGAUCGCAAUAAAUUUUAUUGUAAAAUCAUGAAAAUAAAUGAUACGCUGUGAUUUUUUUAUAUUGUACAAUAUUGCUUAUUAUACAAACGGAACAAAUGGUGUGAGAAUCGUUUAACGUUAGUGAAGCGACGCAGUAUACAUCCAAAAUGGCAAAGGAGAUGAUGAUAGUGUUUGUGUACGACACACAAUGCUGCACGUCUGAAGAAGAUGACCCAAUAGAUGCUGUCCUGUACUUUCAUCCAGGCUGGGUGUCUGACACUCAGAGACAUGCUCUCGCUGGACAGGUGGUCGGCACAGCGCAUUGCAUCAAAUCUUUACUGUCGCAGCCAGUCGCCAUCACGCUCCAGAGCGGCAAGUUCAUCCUGAGGGAAUACGGGAGAUAUGUACUGGCAAUAGGCAGCGAUCGGAACAUACCCGACUGGGUCCUCAAGAACCGUGCCAACCUCUUGACGUCGAUGAUCAAGGUGUACCACGGCGACCUGCAGGCGCUGGCGGUGCAGAUGGAGGACCAGCGCCGUCUCUCGGAGAAGCUGUAUCAAGUGUUCGAGACUUACCUGCCAGUGUUGCAGUAUGGCUGCCAUAUAUUCCAGAGAGUACCGAUGUUGAGUUUGCCGAAGAGUGCGACGUCAAUCUACAUGGAGUCUAUGCAGAUACUGGAGCAGUGCCGCAAGAACAAAGGCGUCCUGGGUGGCGUCAUCCUUUAUAACAACAAGAUAAUAUCAACACAACUGCCGCCUGGGCUGACCUCCUACCUGACAGUGGUAGACCCGUACAGAAUAAAGUCACCAGCAGAGACGUUGGAAACAGAAACGCCAUUACCGCUCGGAGCUCAACUAUUGGUUGUGUAUGUGGGCAAGAAGAUGUACGACAGUCUCAAGAAACAGACCGAGAAACUGCAAGAGUUCAAUCAGAAUGGGGAGGAGAUGAUUGCUAAGUUUAAAAAGAAUCAAGAAGCCGAACGCGAAAAACAACGAGAGUUCCCGCAAACAGGCAUGAAGCGUGAUAAAUCUCUUCUAUUCACCGCGGUUCCUGAAGAAGACCAUACCAUGAUUUCACCUCCCAACAGAGAAGAGCAACCACCAACUAACGAGGUCCGCAAACCACCGAGCAUGCCCGACGUCGUGCCUUUCACCAACAAACCUAGACAAAGACCAAAUAAAUUGUCACUGAGCUUCAAAAAUCAGAAAUCACUUGAUGAAGACGCCAGAGAGAAUGAGAAAGUAUUUACGGGUCAGACUAGUGUAUGCUCCACUCCCAUGGUGGAGUACAAGCGCUUGCAUGGCAAUAUGCUGUCAAUCUGCCAGAAUCCGGAGUCCCAAGGCCAAGAGAAGCCAGUCGAACCAGACGUACUGAAGAAUGUAGAAAAUUGUGCCAAAAUAAAUCUUGAAAACGAACAGAGAGACAAUAAAAUUGUGUUAGACAUGAAUUGUAUUGCCGACCAUUAUAUUAAUAAACCGGAAUCGAUGAGAAAGCUAGCGAGUGUGACAGACAUACAAGAGACGUUCAAAAACAUUACGAAUAGAGCUACAUCGAAGUUUAAGUUAAAAAGGUCUAAAGUGAACAUGAACGAUGAUAACAUGACGCCAUCGCCGGAAAACGAACUCCAUAAGAGUCAAAGUACCAUGACAAUAAAUGACCCACUAUUCCCUGUGUUUAGGAACGACGGCGUGGCUAUCUCCGAAUCUCUCUUCAACCAGUAUUUAGAGCAGCAUUAUUCAAGAAUGCAACAAGAGUCGAAUGAAUCAAACAUGUUCACAUUUAACAUGAAAUUAUGUGAGCAGGAGAAGUUCGAAGACUUCGACUCUGAAAUUAAUAAAUCGCCGCAGAGAACGCCGAAGAAGAUCGCUAAGGAUUCAACUAAAACUCUGCCCACAGAUCAGUCGAGACGAAAGUCUCUCUCGCUGCCUUUGAAAUCUUUGAAUGAGAGUUCGGAAUCGCAAAUAGGUACCGAUUCAGAAGCGACGAGUUUUAAGAAGAAACUGACUGGGGUACAGCUGACGCCUCUAAUGGAGAAACUGAGUCAUUUGGCGUUUUCUGACAAGUCCAGUGGGUAUAGUAGCAGAGUAAUGACACCUUUAGAACUGAGAGAGUUCCUCACGCCCGCCACGGAACGACAAGUAACGUUUUCGGACAGACCAAAAACCCAACACCAAGAGUCGAUGAGCGACGAGGAGUCCGACUCUGAGUUGGAGCUGCUGCCGUCGUACAGCAAGCACGCGGUGAAGUGCGGACUGUUCGUGAGCGGGCUGCACAACAUGGCGCUGUUGGCGUUGAUCGACGUCGACGCCGCUAAUGACGUCGAAACUAUUAACGCUUUGUGGGAGACAUCGCUGAACGCACUUGGCCCCAUCGAACAGAAAUGCAUGGAGCCGCUACCAGCGGGCGCAGAGGCGACGGAGUACAGCUACCUUACCCUCGACCCUGACUGGGGCACCGUGAAGAAGGGAGGUCCGUGGGCAGCGCUCGACAUUGCAACAAUGGGACUGAUUCACAACGAAUUUUCAGAGGAUCCUGAAUUAUCAGAAGUUAUUUUAAGGAGUGAAGAAAGUGUAGUUCUUGGAGUGUCGUGCGGCGGUGCUCAGAUAUACUACCAAGAGAGUGGACACCGACAAGCCGGCCCGCCCGCGCCCUCCGACCUGCUCGCCGCCGCACCGCUGCGGGCCCGGAGGCGACUGCACAGGGACCACUCUAUACUGCUCUUGUAAAGAUAUACAUGGUUGAGAUGGCCCUCGGACCACCACGGACAUGCAUUUUUAGCCAAACACUAGUUUUUUUAGUAGCGUACCUUGGUAGACGUACAGCGUGACCGCCCGGGACCUCACGCGCCUUAAGUUCUUUUAACCUACGAAACUGUUACAAUCGGAGACUUUAUUCUGCUCCAACCGGGGCCUCGUAUUGGUUAUUACUAGUUUUAUUUAUACAAAACGUAUGAUCAUUGUAGUUUUGUCAUACAAAAUGUAUGAGUAGCUUUUUGGAUGCAUCUUAUUCGACCAACCGUGAAGUGACGAUAACGGAAACGUGCGUUGUUUAAUUAAAAAAUAUGCAUAUUUUUACUAUGAACAAUAUAAUGACAAACGUUUAUCGUUUAUUAACGCAUGCGCUGAUAUUUUUUUACCUCGUCGUACGGUUCUGGAUACACGCGUGUGGAUACCUAAAACUUAAUAUGUCUGGAACACCAUGAAAAUAAGAUGAAAGGUUGCAUUACAUUAUUUUAUGCUGUUACUUCAAGAAUAUUAAAAAUAUUUCCAUUAUAAUGCUCGAUAGAUUUUUCAGUGUGUCCGAGGGCCAUCUGUAGUAAUUUGACUGACAAUAUCGAAUUGUCUUAUAUGUUUUGGUGUUCGUCCGGCAUUUUGAAGGUAGGCUAAGGAAUUAGUAAUAGAAGUUUUAGUCACUGAACGAGUGGUAAAGUAGACAUUGUAGUUCGCACAUAAGAGCUAGUCUCCUCCGAAAGGGGGAAAAUGUGCGAAAUAAGGGAGCAAGACAAUGGCAUAUGUAGAUUAAAGAAAGCUGGCGCGUAUAACGUAUUCAUAGUUGCGUUUGUGUAGUGUCAAGUAACUGAAUACGUCUGUCGCUAUAUCGACGCAUUGCUCACGCGUCACCAGAGUCGAGAAAUAUUGCUUGAUAUUUUGUUGACAUCUAUGUUUUUCCUCUUUAAUUAUAUUUCUUUUAACAUAGGUACUAUAAAAAGUAUGUUUUUGUAGGUACCAUGAACAUGCCAGCUUUGAGUAAUAGACCUAUAGCUAUAUGUAUAUAGCAAAAUACACUAUUAUCGCUCUCCCAAGUUAACUAGAACUUAUGGGCGAACUACAGUAAAGAAGCAAGAAUUCUAAGGUUUUUAGACUCGAGAUUCCGCGGUUGACAUAAUUUAGACAUUCCAAGCGAAAGUGAUAGUUAUUACAUUCGAAUUAGUAUUCAUAUUCCCGUAUUCGACAAUAGAUAUAGACGAAAGCUUGUAAAUACUGCCGAAGUUGACUACAGUAGACGUAAGCGGUUAAAACUGUUUUUGCCAUACAUUUAAACUCGGGACUGCGUAUUAUUGACGUGAGAAAACAUUAUUCAUAAUCGAUGCGAUUUAUUUACCAAAUCCGUUAGACGAAUCGGCUAAGACUGAAUUGAAAAUGCUUUUUCAAAUGCAAAAUAUAUUUCUAGAUUAAAUGAAAAAUAUUAUGCCCUCGAAUACGUCCAUGCGAAGUCCGAAACCAUUGUUUUGGUGUUUACUUGGUAAACCGAACAACCACAUAUCUAACUACCGUCCUCUUUCAAGCAACGCGUAACUUUAAAAAUGCAUAAUCUACCUACAUUAAGAACACUGUCAUAAUAUGCAGUCCCAGUUGUGAUUGGGCCACAUUAGCUUAGAAACAACCCAGUAGUCUGUGGCGUAAACAAUUUAUAUGGGCGUACUCUAUCAGGUAGUUUAUAUAAUAUUUAUUAACCAUUUGUAAACUUCACACUUGUAGUUACGGAGGGUAGAAUGAAAAGUGUUUUUGUAGGACUACUAAUGGCUUGACAGCAAACGAUCCCAAUGUUUCUUUCUUCGAUCUUUCUCCAAAAUGGACCCAGAACAAAGAUUGUUCUGACAUGCUUACAAAUAAGUCAUUUUGAUUAAUUGAUUCUCGAAAUCGAAUUGAAAAUUAAGAUUGCGAUCGUUUAUUGAAAACUGCUGUAAAUCGUUACGAGUUUUUAUCUUGAAUAUUACACCUUCGAUAAAAAUCGAAAUGAAGACAGCGCUGAUACGUAGUCAGUAAUAUGGAAUGGCCAUGGGCCACGACUUUUUUUUUACACAAAUUCCUCCAUUUAUUGUGAUCUUUAUUCUAUUUUUCUCCUACUUUUUACACAAGGUUUUAUGACUCCUCUAUAAAAGCAAUAUAUAUUGAGAUGCAGCUGGCUAUGCCAUAUUUAUUCUAUUAUCAACAAAGCUUGUUUCUCGUUAUUCAUGUGAAGUUAUAAAAGCAACCAAUCGCGUAGUUUUAUAGCUUAAAACUCGAACUAUACCGCAACUACGAUUAUUUUACUCUAAUGUUAUUGUAAUAGAGCCUAAAAUGCUACGUCUUGCCAGUUGCACGUAGGUUUCGGUACGUCCAUAGUAUUUAGUGCCAAGUUAAUUUAAUAAAUACACAGCUUAGUUAUAGAGCACAGAAUAUAGUAAUUGUAUCUACAUUUCAUCCAAAGCUAUGAUAUUUGUACGAUUUCUAUAGUUUUUCACGGCAGACUUUUACAUUUUAAAAGCUUCAUUCUUGCCUUAGAUUUUAAGUUUUGUUACUCAUCUACCGAGACUAGGUAAGAGAACGCAAGUAUAUAUUUCUCACCCAGUUUGUUGAUUUCCUAGCAAAUUUCAAUCGUCGAUAUAAUUAAUAUCUCGAUAGAUAUCUUCAUAUCGGUCGCAUAAUGGACCAAUCAGGACAAAGUUUGACCCGCAAUGUUUAAAUUAUUACGUUUUAUUGGUUGUUUUGCGAUCUUUUUGAAAUGCAUUAGGAUACUAUAUUUGCGUCACCUGAUGUCGGUUUAAAGGGUCAAAUUUAGACCGAGCUGUUUAUGUACUCAUAUACGAUUUCAAUAAACGAUGAUCAGUUAUUUCGGAUCAAGAUCAAACCAAUCAAAACGAUUCAUUCACUACUCUGAUGGGUCCAUAUUUAUUGUCAAUCCAAAGAUAACUGUUAGCAUCGUUUAUCGAAAUCUAGCAGCUAGGUUUUAGAAUGUUUUUUGCUAUUUUUAUGUGCAAUUCUUACCUUGUUACGCCAAUUUUGUAUGUUUUCAGUAUUACGUUGUUGUUCAGUUACGUAUUAUUUUGUAGUUUUAAGAGUACGUACAAAUCUUGCCAAUCUGCAACGCGUCCAUUCCAAAGCGGUUUGUUUUGCAUUAGCGGAUAUAUUACGGAAUUUCGACUUUGUGUUCUAGCGUUAAGACUGAUUUUUCAAUCAUCAUAACAUUUAUAAAACGAUAGACAUAUUUAUUAAAUAAAAAAAUAUGAUGUGCAAUUCAAUGAUAUAGAGACGAUUAAAAAAUCAGCCUUUAUGUUAUUUUACCAAUAACACAUAUUAAAGCUCUAGACAAACGGACUGCAUUUCAAAUGAACUCCCGACUGCUAGUUUUGCAGUUUGAAUUCAUUUAGUACGACUGCAAUAAAACUGCAAACGAACCAUGCAGCCUGAUUCCAGUCGCUGUGCAAUCGCCGUGCAGUUCCAACAACUGCACGCUGACAGAAUAAGGUUUCAACGGUAGAAAUGCAGUUAAAACUCAGUCUUUCCUAAAGCCAAGUUAUCUUUAAUCACCGCAAGAAUCUUUCCUAAAUUUGAAGGAAAUGAAGGAUUGUGGAAGGAAGACUUGAUCGUCGGUAAACACGUAAAUAUUUGCAUAAAUAGUAUAGAAUCUAGACCAAAUGAAACCCAUGUUAUUUCACUACACUCCAGAAUAAUGUGGAAACUUCGAGAUUCCGUAAAAUGUCUGCGUUUGCGCGGUUUUAUAAUUGUUAUUUUGUUUUUAUAUUUCCGACAUAUUGAAUUGGGUUAGUGUCGUAUAGGAGUGCCAAUACAUGUGUAUGUGGUAUAUAAUUUAUAAUAAUUAUACAUAAUAUUGUUAAGAAUUUUAAUAAAAAUCCUAUAGCUAA